UACUAUCUUUAUUUUUUUUUCCCCAGAAGUCCAAGACUCAGAAAUAGCUGAUAUAAAACUACAGAUUGUGUGUAAGAAAGAAUUUCAUUUACUGAGGUUAGAAUUCGAUUGUUUGUUUUGAUGCUUCGCGUGACGUGGUGGAGAUUGAAGAGGGGGGCAUAGAUAAAAUUAGGGUUUUGGAGGCACAGAAGAUUCUCCCCAAUCCAUCUUCAAUUUCUUUUCUUACAAGCAUCGAGCUAAACCCGACAAAUGACUGUUGAGGCUCGUGAAGAUAAAAAUAUGAUGGAAGAUAUGGACGACGAUGAUGAUGCCCCUUUAGUUUUUAAAAGAAGUGGCUCUUCCUCGAAGCCAAAACAAUCAGAGCCAGAAAAUAAGUUGUCAUCUCAGAAGCAUAAUGCACAGGUGGGGAGGCAAUCAUCUGAUGUACGGCCGCAGAAUGGUACAAACGCCAAUGCUCAAAAGGGUAAAUCGGUCACUUCUUCUUCUUCCAUGAAACCGCCUGUUAGACCUUCUCUGGUUAGUCCGAAAUCGUCUAAUUCCUCCGUCAAGGCAUCUCCAAUUAAGUCGCCUGAUGUGAAUUCGAAGCCUUCUACUUCAGUAGUAGGUGAGUCAAAAUCUGUUAAGUCAACGAUUAAAGAGGAGAACUCGGAGGAUUCUGAAGAUGAUAAACCACUUAGUGCUAGGCAAGUAGCUGGCUCGUCAAAGAACAAUCCUAACCAGACUAACAAACCGAAUGCUCCAAAUCUCGGUAAAAAAUCCAAUGUUCCCAAACCUGAAGAUUCGGAUGAUGAAAUUCCCUUGUCAGCUAAGUUUCAAGGUAAGUCUAAUGCUGGAGCGUCGACCAGCAGGUCGUCUCAUUCUGAAGAAAAGAAACCUUUAGUUGCCAGAAAACCUGAUAAAAAUGGUUCGGCCUCAACAGAAAGGAAACCUUCGACUGUUUUGCAGAAGAGACCUGCAGAUGGUGUAGCAUCUGCAGGUCAAUCUAAUUUGAAAAAGCCGAAGCUUUCAGAUUCUUUAGCUAGUAAAGAUAAGAAAGCAUCUGUCAAACCUGAAGUGAAGGCAGAGGAUGAUGAGGAUCUUGUUCCCUUAUCACAAAGAACCAAGAAAUCAACUACCCCAGAAAAGAAACCGUCGCCUGCUUUAAAAGUGACUAAGUCUACGGCUUCAAUAUCGAAGAAGACAAAUAAUAAGACAAAUAGUAAGACAAACAGUAAGACGAAUAAGAAAUCAAAACAGGUCUCGAAAGACAAUAAUUAUUCCAAGUCAUCGAAGCUUCCUCCGAGCUCUGGUGACGGGCAAAAGUGGACUACUUUAGUUCACAAUGGUGUGAUUUUUCCGCCUCCAUACAAGCCGCAUGGGGUUAAGAUGCUCUACAAGGGUAAGCCCGUCAACUUAACCCCAGAACAAGAAGAGGUUGCGACAAUGUACGCGGUGAUGUUAGAGACUGAUUACUUGAAGAAGCCUCAGUUCAAAGAAAACUUCAUGACUGACUGGAAGAAGAUACUGGGAAAGAAUCAUGUUAUCCAGAGCUUGGAACACUGUGAUUUCACUCCAAUAUACGAGUGGCAUCAGAGAGAGAAGGAGAAAAAGAAACAGAUGAGUACUGAUGAGAAGAAGGCUUUAAAAGAGGAGAAAUUGAAGCUAGAAGAGAAGUAUAUGUGGGCCGUUCUUGAUGGUGUGCGAGAGAAGGUUGGAAACUUCAGAGUUGAACCUCCUGGAUUGUUCCGAGGCCGGGGCGAGCAUCCAAAGAUGGGGAAGCUGAAGAGAAGAAUUCGUCCAAGUGACAUCACUAUAAAUAUUGGAAGGGAUGCUCCAAUUCCCGAAUGUCCUAUAGAGGGUGAAAGAUGGAAGGAAAUAAGGCACGAUAAUACAGUUACAUGGUUGGCAUAUUGGAGCGAUCCGAUUAAUGGUAAGGAGUUCAAAUAUGUAUUCCUGGCUGCUAGCAGUACACUGAAAGGACAAAGUGACAAGGAGAAAUAUGAGAAAGCUAGGCUCUUAAAGGACUACAUUCAAGGUAUCCGAACGGCUUAUACCAGGGACUUUGUAAGUAAAGAUCCUGCGAAGAAGCAGAUAGCGGUCGCAACCUAUCUUAUUGACAAACUAGCUCUUAGGGCAGGGAACGAGAAGGAUGACGAUGAAGCUGAUACAGUUGGUUGCUGCACAUUAAAAGUAGAAAAUGUGGAACCAGUGCCUCCUAAUAUCUUGAAGUUUGAUUUCCUCGGUAAAGAUUCUAUAAGGUAUCAAAACGAAGUCGAAGUUGAAACCGCUGUAUUCAAGGCAAUCCAACAGUUUCGAAGUGGGAAAAAGGGCGGUGACGAUCUUUUCGACAAGCUCGAUACUAGUAAACUUAAUGCUCAUCUAAAGGAACUCAUGCCUGGUCUUACUGCAAAAGUCUUCCGUACAUACAAUGCAUCUAUUACUCUCGAUGACAAGUUGAGCAGGGAGACAAAGGGUGGAGACCUUGCUGAGAAAGUCGUUACUUAUAAUCAUGCGAACAAGGAGGUUGCAAUCAUUUGUAAUCAUCAGCGUACUGUCUCAAAAACCCACAGCGCCCAGAUGCUACGUUUGGAUGAAAAAAUAGACGAGCUAAAGGGUGUUUUGGAAGAACUGAAGACAGAUUUGGGUAGGGCGAGAAAAGGGAAACCCCUACUUGCGGGUGCUGAUGGGAAGGCGAAGAGGAAUAUAAACCCUGAAGCCUUAGAGAGAAAGAUAGCUCAAACCACUGCAAAAAUCGAGAAAAUGGAACGGGACAAGGAAACUAAAGAGGAUUUGAAAACAGUGGCAUUGGGCACGUCAAAGAUCAACUACCUCGAUCCUAGAAUCACCGUUGCAUGGUGCAAACGCCAUGAAGUUCCUAUCGAGAAGAUGUUCAACAAGUCUCUUCUGGAGAAAUUUUCGUGGGCGAUGGACGUCGAUCCUAGUUUCAGAUUCUAAUACUUUUUUUUUGUAGUUUCCAUAGAGCAAAUCCCCCCCUCCAUCAAUCCUUUUAGAGAGAGAGUGGAGAAAAAUCGAAAGUUUAAACGGAAGAGAAGCAGAAAUGGUUUGUUGAACUAGCGUUCGCUGACAAUUUUUCAUUUGUUUAUUAUUCCUGCCAAACAUGUUGAAUUAAAUCAUCUAAAGGAAAACCGAGCGGAAAAUUUUCCCCCGUCUUUUUUUUUUCGUCACGAUAUCUUAAUUUGGUUCGACAUGCAGAAAGACUACAGUACGUCGGGAGUAUUUAAACCGAGUGAUGAAAGAGGGGAUUUUUCCCUUUAGUUAGCCGUUAUCGCGACCGACGCUCUUUUGUUUGUAUGUUUGUAAUGAGAUCAGUGUAUUUUCAUCAUAUGGUAUUUACUGAACUUUGUCUUUGUUUGGGAAUCUUAUUAUCAGUUUAAUCCUAG